CUCCCCACCCCCGCAGGCCUCUCUGCACCCCGCGGGCCACUCCGGACCUCGCUUCCCGCCGCGACCCGCAUGGCCGGGCCCAAGCUGGUGGUGGUCUUCGGAGCCACUGGUGCCCAAGGGGGCUCAGUGGCUCGGACACUCCUGGAAGAUGGGACAUUCAAGGUUCGAGUGGUGACCCGGAACCCAAAGAAAGAGGAAGCGGAGCAACUGAGGCUCUUGGGUGCCGAGGUCAUGCAGGGCGAUCAGGAUGACGAGGCCAGCAUGGAACGGGCCCUGACUGGUGCUUAUGCCACCUUUAUCGUGACCAACUUCUGGGAGAACUGCAGCCAGGCACAGGAGGUGAAGCAGGGGAAGCAGCUGGCUGAUGUGGCCAAGCGCCUAGGCCUUCACUACGUGGUCUACAGUGGCUUGGAGAAUGUCAAGAAGCUGACAGCCGGGAGACUUGUAGCCCGCCACUUUGACGGCAAAGGGGAGGUGGAGGAGUACUUCCGGGCUCUAGGCAUCCCCAUGACCAGUGUGCGGCUGCCCUGCUAUUUUGAGAACCUCCUCUCCUACUUCUUGCCCCAGAAGGCCCCGGAUGGAAAAAGCUACCUGCUGAAUUUGCCUAUGGGUGAUGUACCAAUGGAUGGCAUGUCUGUGGCAGACCUGGGUCCCGUGGUUCUCAGCCUGCUGCAGAGGCCAGAAGAGUAUUUGGGCCAGAACCUGGGGCUGAGCACAUGCAGACACACGGCGCAGGAGUACGCUGCCCUCCUCUGCAAGCACACGGGCAAGGAUGUGCGUGAUGCCAAGACAACCCCCGAGGACUAUGAGAAGCUUGGCUUCCCCGGUGCCAAGGAUCUGGCCAACAUGUUUCGUUUCUACACCCUGAAACCCGAACGUAAUAUUGAGCUGACGCUGAGGCUCAACCCCAAGGCCAGGACGCUGGACCAGUGGCUGGAGCAGCACAAAGGGGACUUCGCAGGGCUGUGAGGCUGCGGCCCACCUCGGCUUGUUCAUGUGUUAGCAAUGAUUUUCAUAAAAAUAAAGGCUGUUGUUUCCA